CAGUCCAGCCCUUUCCCGUCCGGGGCGCGCGCGCAGCCAGGCCGGCCCCGGCGCGAGCCUGCGGCGCCCCCGUUCGGCUCCCGCUGGUUCGGCCGCCGCGCGCGCCGCCGUGCGCGCCGCCGUGCGCGCCGCCCGCGCUCCUGCAGCGGCGAAGCUGGCAGCCGGGGAGCCAAUUAGCGCUCCGCGAGGCAGCGGCUACUUCCUCGUCUGCCCGGCUGCGCGCUCUGGACAGCUCUGUCGGCCGCGGGGCGGGGCGGGGCACUUCGCCGAGCUGCUCUGCCUGCCUCUGCUCGUCCGGCUUCCCGGGGUGGACGCAGGUCCUUGAAGGCGCACCACUGCAAACCAGACAUAAAGAAACUCUGAGGCGCCCGGAGUGCCGGCUGGAGGGGCAUUCGGUUGGCUUUUCGUGCGUGGUCUUUAGAAUCAGCCGCUCCAGGAAGAGAGAUGUCGAAGCCGCCACCCAAACCGGUCAAACCAGGGCAAGUUAAAGUGUUCAGAGCUCUUUAUACGUUUGAACCCAGAACUCCAGAUGAAUUGUACUUUGAAGAAGGUGAUAUUAUCUACAUUACUGACAUGAGUGAUACCAAUUGGUGGAAAGGCACCUCCAAAGGCAGGACGGGACUAAUCCCAAGCAACUACGUGGCUGAGCAGGCAGAAUCCAUUGACAAUCCAUUGCAUGAAGCUGCAAAAAGAGGCAACUUGAGUUGGUUGAGAGAGUGUUUGGACAACCGAGUAGGUGUUAAUGGCUUGGACAAAGCUGGAAGCACCGCCUUGUACUGGGCUUGUCACGGGGGUCACAAAGAUAUAGUGGAAGUGCUAUUUACUCAACCAAACAUUGAACUGAACCAACAGAACAAGUUGGGAGACACAGCUUUGCAUGCUGCUGCCUGGAAGGGUUAUGCAGAUAUUGUCCAGUUGCUUCUGGCAAAAGGUGCUAGAACAGACUUAAGAAACAAUGAGAAGAAGCUGGCCCUGGACAUGGCUACUAAUGCUGCCUGUGCGUCUCUCCUGAAAAAGAAACAGGGAACAGAUGCAGUCCGAACAUUAAGCAAUGCCGAGGACUAUCUUGAUGAUGAAGACUCAGAUUAAUUCCUUUCCAGAGCUUUGAGAUCUAAAACUUGUGUUGCUUUUGCCAUUUCAAAACCUUGUCUUUGCCAGAAGAGUGUUGGUAACUGUAAAAAAAGAAAAAAAAAAAGUCUAUAUGAACGUGGCAGUAUUGCACUGUUUGAAUAAAACAUGUAAAUGAAUAGGUCUCACCUUCAGUUUGCCAAUAAGUGACUGGAUAUUUUGUGUAUAAAGUACAUUUUUGUUCACCAGAGUAGAACAAGAAGAGAUUAUUUCUAUUUAUCAAGCUUAAAAGAAUUUUAAGAAAUUUUUUCUUUAAAAAAAUUGGGAUUUUUUUUUUUUAAAGUUCUUUACCUCAAGGAUUGAGAUAGUUUGAAUGGAUUUUUCAAGGGGGGAAUGCUUAUUAUAAUAAUAAACUGAAAGACUUAAUAGAAAAUCGUCAGCUAUUCUGACAAAAAUAAACAUUUUAAGAGACUUUAUUUCCUUUGUUUUGUGGUAUCACUCUUUGCUGGUAAAUAAAUAAAGCUUUUUAUAUUUAUAUUUA